AUGCAGAGGCUACGGCCGCUACUCAGCGGCGGCCGACCAGUACCGCCCAGGUCAGCCGCCGGCCGAUGUGGUGACGGCCUCGGCCCUGCGUCGAUAGGGCCAGAGACGACGCACAGCCGUCGCUUCAGCACGAGCCGUGGCGUCUUCGCCGGUGCGGCAGAGCAAACCAAGGCUGACAUUGUCUCGUGGGUGGAGCUUGCCAAGGAGCGGGAAGAACGGAAACAGCGAGAGAUUGAGGAGCAGAGGCGCCGUGAAAAUGGCGAGGUGCUCGAGAGCACCAACACCGACGGUGUGCCGCAGCCGACUCCAUCACCAGGCGCCACGCUGCUGAACAGCCUCGCAGGCGAGCCCAUAGUGCCCCGUCCCGCCAAUCUGUCGGUCUUGGUCGAACCUGCAAUGGACUAUGAGCAUCGCAGCGAGACAUUUCACAGUCGGAUGCGGCACGGGAAGUCGGUCUUCCGGCAGGAGCGGCUCGAGGUGAUCCGGCAGGCGCAGCUUCGGCCGCUGCCCGACUGGCGGGUCAUUCUCCAACGGCUAGCGGCGGCCACACCAGGAAAGGACGAGCUGUUGGUGCCGGGCGUGGGUGGCACUCUUGUGGCACCACGGCUUGCAUCCGGGCUGACGCCAUCCCAGUUUGUACAGCUCUACUCAAUGAGCCGUACGGCGUCUCCCCUGGCACCACUUCUACAGCAGCACUUGCCGCACCAGUCCGGAGCACCGGGCUUUAAGUCGCAAGCAGGACAGUAUCGGCGGAACGCUGUGUCUCUUGCAUUUCCAGGAGACAGCCCGUCUAUCCAGGAGCUGCUGCAUGGCGUUGACGGGACGCUCUGGAAGAUAUCAGGGCGCUCCGGUUGCAUCCUUCGGUUGUACCGCCGCAAUGCGGGUACACUAGGACAGACACAGUCUGCUGACGAUGUGACGGACACAAAUGCUCAAAGACAAGAUGCCGACCAUUCCUGGCUGCUCACGCUUUCUGGAACAAUGCCAUCAAUCUACCGUGCCGCGAGCGAGGUGACCUUCUUUGCGAAGGAUGCCGUGCCCGUGGCAGUGAGCCCAAACGUGCGCCUGGAUGAUAGACGUGCUGAGCAGCCACCGCCUUCUUCAAUAUCACCAACACAGCUGCGGCAACCAGUCAGCAGCCAGGCCGAGGACCAGUCCUCUGAAACCGCCCCAGACCCUACGGCCACUCAGACCUGGAGUCUGGUUUCGUCUUCCUACUAUCUCGACGACAGCAAGCAGCUCGCCGAUUACGUGCUGAGCCCUCACGUUACUGAUAUCGGCGCCCACGAGAUUCCACGGCCAGAAGUGUGGACGCGCGAAUCGUUUGUGCGAUAUGUAGCGGCGCUUGUCAACGGCCGGCCACCGGCACACCUUGCCCCGCAGCUGUAUCCCCAGAGCAGCAGCUGGUCAAGGAGGCAGAGCACGGAAAACGACGAUGAACGUGGCAAUCACGCUGACGGCCAGGCCCAGGGCCAGGACACCUUCGCCACGGCCGAUAGCAACCCAGUCCUCAACAGCCACGACCGCACCGUGGCCGAUCUGCUACACUCGCUUUUUGAUGACGAUGCUGUCAGGGACGUGCUGUCCCUGUCGGCUUUCAAGCUAGCCUUGGCGUUUCUCAGCAAGCACGGCGAGACUUACCGCCCCGAGGCCCGGGCACUCUUUGUGCGUGCCGAACGGCUUCGUCUGCGUAUGGACACGGAUACGUUCAACAUCCUGCUUGCCUCCGUGGUCAAGACGCAGGACCUGCGCAACUUUAGCUCGACUCUGGCGCUGAUGGAGAACCGGGGACACAUGCCCAACCUGACGACGUGGGUGCUGUUCCUACAACUGUUUGAGAGCGAAGAGGUGAAGCGCCACAUCUUGCACGCAAUGCAAGCCCGGGGCGGCUUGCUCGACUCCCCCGAGGCGCGGCAGUGCAUCGCCCAAGAAAUGGCCGAGUACGAUGUCUUGCGGGCUAUCGCCGAGCAUAGGCAAGAGCAGAGGGAAAAGAGGGAACAGAACCAAAUCUACAACGACGACUACAACCCGGCCGCUUUUUUCGAUGGCUUUAUGGCGAGCCAGGCCGAGCGCUACGGCUCGGACUGGUUGACGCGGCCGGCAGCCAACCGCAUCCUUGAAGUCUUUGCAAGCCACAGUCGGUUUGCGGAGUGCCAAGAGAUGCUUGGUAUCUUGACACGGAAGCAGGAUUGGCGUCACCGCGUUGAGCAGGCCAAAGUCCAGAAAAAGCAGCAGCAACAGCAUCUUCUGCAAGAACAGCAACACCAACAGUCGCUGUCACCGCAAAAUGAGCCAUCCAACCUGGUGUCCGCCCAGGCGCUCAACACAACCAGUUUCAACAUCGUUCUAACCCACGCCAAGCGGCAGUUCAAGCUGCGCCAUGCACUCGCCAUCGUCCGGCAAAUGGAUGCCGUCAGUGAUGGUGUCGUCGGAACACGAGUCGACAACGAAGCCGACCAAGACCAAGCACAAGUUCCGGUCGAGACGACCACACCGGCCACGGUCGCAAUUACCCGAUCGCCUCCCAGCACCAGAGCCGUGCCCGCAGACGGUGUCACCUACCAUCUACUCCAUGAAAUGGCGUACCACCGCCGCAUGUCCUACGCAAUGGGCGCCGUCUGGGUCUAUGCCAGCAUCUUGCGUCGCACCAACCACUGGAUGAACAAGAAGGCCGGCCGUGUUCUGGCGGGCGAUACGGGCCCGCAGACGGCGCACCUUGUCAAGGUCCUGCGCGGUGAGUUUGGGGGCCAGGAUGGCCACCACCCUGGACGGGACCGCGCUUCCUUUGCAUCCAUAGGCGCUGCCGCAAGCGCGCGCUGGGCCUCGUACUACGACGGCUGGGAGCCGGCAUUGCCUCUGAGCCAAGUUCUCGAGGAGGCACUGGACCGUGACAAUGCGCUGCUCAAGGACCGUUUCGACCAGGGUGUUCUGGGUAGCGAAGAACGACACGGUCGAGAUGGCCGGCCGCCGCCGCCGCCACUACGAAUUCCGCUUCGCCGGAAACUAGUCACGCGCGGCAAGAGCAGAGGCACGAAUAGGAGCAGGGGCCCCGAGUACAGUCCACAGGGCGGGCCAGCUUAUGUCGAGAUCCAGCCCGACUGGCUGCCCCCAAAGAAGGAAACCAAGACCACCAAGCAGCCCAGGACCACCUCGAGAUGGUGA